UUUUUUUCGUGCUGUCAUAUAUUCCAAUUUAUAUAUGAUAAUGAUAUUUUUUUCAUUUCUGAUGGUUUCAUACUAAACUUCAGGCAAUGACUAAAAAAGGAGCCCAAAAUGAACUCUUAAUCUUGAAAAUUAGGCGUGCUGUGAUUUUUUGAAAAAAACUUUUUUUCCGCUUCGGCGCUCACUUGCGAAUGCCGCCGGCAUAUGGGAGACACUUUCGGAAAUACCGGCUCUGCGUUUAAGGGUUAAUAGAUGGUGAUGGGCUUUGUUUAUUUUUUUGGCUAAGUGCCAAAUGCAGUGUGUGAUCGCCAAAAAUCAGUCUUUAUUUCUGUCAUUUCAUUACCCUCUGUAAUAAAAAUAAAUAACGAAAAAAGAAAUAACGAUAAUUAUGAAGAUAGUAAAUUUAGGAUAGGAAAGCCAUUGAUAAUAUUCUGCAGAUUCUGAGAAAAAUAAAGUAGUUGACUUAUGGUUAGGCUAACUCAAGAAUGUGGGGUAAUUGCAUUAUAUAACAUACACUAUUUUAAAGAAAAUUAUAUGGCAUGAAGAAAGAGCUCAAAGAAAUAAAAUAUAAGAGUUAUGAAGUGAUAAAUUAAUGAAAAUAUAUGAGUAUUGAAAUAGUAAAAAGUGUUGUCUGAACUUUGCAAAAUGGUAGGCUAAGUUGGCAACUAGGCUGCAUGUAUGUGGAAUUAAUUUGCAGACUAUGUUUGCAUAGGGCUUCAUUUUUUGAGGGGUUGUACGUAUUCUAUAUUCCGUGAUUUUCUGUUUUCCGGCAGUGGCUGUCUGGUCCCAAGGUUCCCGUAUUUAAGAGUUUGGACUGUACCAUGUUAACAGGUUUCAGUGCUCAUGGCAGUUUUGUGCGAAAGAAUACUCUUUAUUAGGCUUCUGAUUUGUUUCUCUGGAAAAAGUCUAGGAUGCUUUGAAAAUUGCUUUUCCAUUUUCAUAGCCAUUCUUCUCAUUUAAUGUUUUCUUUAAUUGUGUCAUAUUUUGUCAUUUCAGACAACCUUCCAUCAAGAAUAUGAAAAUUUAUGGAGAUUUUUGCAGGAAAUUUAGGAUUGAGGGCAAAAGGUGAAUACAUUGGUUAAUGUUACCAACCAGAUAUUCUUGUCAAGUUUAAUCUUUUGGUAUAGUUUAUUGUCCUGGUAUAUGAAGUGUGAAGUCUGCUUUUGUUAUGUAGCACAUUGACACCAAUGGAACUACACUUUCCAUGAUUAUAAAAACUGAAGUGAAUUUUGAAAAAGAUACUACUGCUUAUAUGAGAAAGGAGCCAUUUGUGUGUAAAAUAUUGGAAACCAGUUUUGUUGGCAACGCCACCUCAGAACUGAAUGUCAGUUCACGCUGGAGGGAGGUAGUUCAGAUUCCGUGAAUGUGGUAAAGCGUUUUCCCAGAAACAAAUUCUCUUGAAGUAUAUAUCAAAACUCACCAUGAAAAGAAGGCUUAGUAAUGGGAAAGCUUUUCCUCAAAAAACUCAUGCGAACAGUCAUACGAGGGCUCACAUUGUGGGGAAUCCAUUCAUGUGUAAAUACUGUGGGAAAGAAUUUGUUCAGAAAACUCAUCUUAAAAGUCAUAUGAGGGAUCACAUUAGAAAGAAACCAUUUAAAUGUAAUGACUGUGGGAAAGUAUUUUCUCAUAAAGGUCAUCUUAACAUUCAUAUGAGGAUUCACACUGGCGAGAAGCCAUUUAAAUGUAAUUGUGGGAAAGCAUAUUCUCUGAAAGGUGAUCUUAACAUUCAUAUGAGGAUUCACACUGGCGAGAAGCCAUUUAAAUGUAAUUGUGGGAAAGCAUAUUCUCUGAAAGGUGAUCUUAACAUUCAUAUGAGGGUUCACACUGGAGAGAAGCCAUUUAAAUGUAAUGACUGUGGGAAAGCAUUUUAUAGGAAAAAUCAUCUAGAGUCUCAUAUGAUGAGUCACACUGGAGAGAAGCCAUUUAAAUGUAAUGACUGUGGGAAAGCAUUUUCUCGGAAAGGUCAUCUUAACAUUCAUAUGAUGGUUCACACUGGAGAGAAGCCAUUUAAAUGUAAUGACUGUGGGAAAGCAUUUUCUCAGAAAGGUGCUCUUAACAUUCAUAUGAUGGUUCACACUGGAGAGAAGCCAUUUAAAUGUAAUGAUUGUGGGAAAGCAUUUUCUCGGAAAGGUUUUCUUGAACGUCGUAUGAUUGUUCACACUGGAGAGAAGCCAUUUAAAUGUAAUGACUGUGGGAAAGCAUUUUCUCGGAAAGAUAAUCUUAACAUUCAUAUGAUGGUUCACAUUGGAGAGAAGCCAUUCAAAUGUAAUGACUGUGGGAAAGCAUUUUCUCGGACAGGUGAUCUUAACACUCAUAAGAGGGUGCACACUGAAGAGAAGCUAUUUAAAUGCAAAGACUGUGGGAAAGCAUUUUCUCAGAAAGGUCAUCUUAACACUCAUAAGAGGGUGCACACUGAAGAGAAACCAUUUAAAUGUAAAGACUGUGGGAAAGCAUUUUCUCGAAAAGGUGAUCGUAACAUUCAUAUGAGGGUGCACACUGGUGAGAAACCAUUCAAAUGCAAUGACUGUGGGAAAGCAUUUUCUCAGAAAGGUGCUCUUAAAUAUCAUAUGAGGGUUCACACUGGAGGGAAGCCAUUUAAAUGUAAUGACUGUGGGAAAGCAUUUUCUCAGAAAGGUAAUUUUAACAUUCAUAUGAGGAUUCACACUGGAGAGAAGCCAUUCAAAUGUAAUGACUGUGGGAAAGCAUUUUCUCAGAAAGGUGCUCUUAAAUAUCAUAUGAGCAUUCACACUGGAGAGAAGCCAUUCAAAUGUAAUGACUGUGGAAAAGCAUUUUCUCUGAGAGGUAAUCUUAACAAUCAUAUGAGGGUUCACACUGAGGAAAAGCCAUUUAAAUGUAAUGACUGUGGGAAAGCAUUUUCUCACAAAGGUCAUCUUAACAUUCAUAUGAGGGUUCACACUGGAGAGAAGCCAUUUAAAUGUAAUGACUGUGGGAAAGCAUUUUCUCAGAAAGGUCAUCUUAACAUUCAUAUGAGGGUUCACACUGGAGAGAAGCCAUUUAAAUGUAAUGACUGUGGGAAAGCAUUUUCUCUGAAAGGUCAUCUUAAAUAUCAUAUGAGGGUUCACAUUGGAGGGAAGCCAUUUAAAUGUAAUGACUGUGGGAAAGCAUUUUCUUGGAAAGGUAAUAAACAUUCAUAUGAGGGUUCACACUGAAGUGAAGCCAUUUAAAUGUAAUGAUUGUUGGAAAGCUUUUUCUCUUAAGAGAUAACCAUAGACCCCAGGUGGGGUCCUAUUGCACCCCUGAUAUAAAUUGAAAAUUAAGAAAAACAUAAGCCAAAGAGAUACAGUCACACAGCGGAGAAACUUAGAAUGGAUAAGUGGAAUGACCAUAGAAAGGCAGGAAGAUUUCAAAAACAGGAAAAAGGUCGCAUAGACAAAGAAGAAUCACUUAGAUGGAUAAGAAAUGGAGAUCUAGGUUAUAAUGGAGAAAGGCUGGUAAUAUGGCUUCAAGAAAAUGGCAGGCAUAUCAGGAAGUGACCAGUGUAGUUUUGUCAUGCGGCAGUUAGUGUUGGUCAUCUGAUAUCAGACUGCCAGACCCUGCUUGCAGAUGGUCACUACACAGCCUGCCACAGCAAGAUCUGUAAAUAUAUGCAUUGGAAAAUAUGUAAAGAAUAGAGAAUUGAAGUAAAAGAAAAAGUGUGGAAGUAUGAACCAGAUCUAGUCACCUCCAAUAGGACUGUUACCAUCUUUUAUGACAAGGAAAUUCCAACAGGAAUGUAUUGUUGGAGGUGCUAUAAAACCUGAUAUUGUGAUCUGGAACAAGGAAGAAAAAACAAAAGAUUAUAGAUGUGAAAGUACCCAGUGACUUUGGCCUCAAUAGAGCUGAAAGUCACAAAGUAACAAAAUACCAAGACCUAAAGAAUGACCUGAAAAGCACAUGGGAACUGAAGGAAAUAAGAAUAAUACCUGUGGUGGUAGGGGCAACAGGACUUAUAAAAAAAACUGAGAAAAUAUCUUCAGGCAAUACUAAGUUGCCCAAGUAUAAAUGAUGUGCAGAUUGCUGCACUCCAAGGAACGGUAAACAUCUUCAAAAGAACCCUCAGAUAUAAGACUAGUGGAAUAUAGAGGUACAACCAUAGACCCCAGUCGAGGGCCCAUUGCACCCCUGAUAUAAAUUGAAGAUUUAGAAUAACAAGCCAGAGAGGUCAUAUAAAUGUAAUGACUGUGGGAGAACAUUUUCUCCUUGGGAACAAUCUCGCCCUCUUGGUUAACCUCAUCUAAGUCUGGGAUAUCGUCUGAGUAUUGCAACUUCGCUGGUUUUUGUUAUUUCUCAUCUGUGUGUGUGUGACCUCAUUUGAGUGUUGCAACCUUGCAUGUUUUAGAUGAUCACCUCAUCUUUGUUAGCCCUGUUGUGGUUGCAUUUGUGUAACACAGUCAUGUUUAUUUCUUUUUUGGGGCUAAGUGAUGUAUUGUGACAAAGAUGUCACUAUUAGAAGGUGUCUUAUUGCCUCUUAUGUAGUACGUAUAAUUGUGCAAUGUAUACCUUUUGUUUUGAUGGUAUUUUGCCUCAUUAAUGCUGUUGCUAAAAUAGUAACUAUUUUGGAUAUAUGGUUGUUUUUACUUUUGCUUUAUCUGUGAUUUCAGAUUUAAUUUUUGAGGUCAUGAGAUUUGUACUGGCUCUGUUUAAUGUAAUUUACUGACUGUUUAAUGUAGUAACUGAAGUCAUUUGAUUCACAUAUUUUUUCUGACUCUCUUGAAUGUUAUGCUUGUGCUGUUAAUGGCCAUUAUUGAUGUUUAUUUAUUGAUUUCUGGCAUUUACAUAUUGACUCUAUUUUUGGCUUUGAAUGUUAUGUUUCUUGUGUAUUUAUAUUACUGACUCAGUUUUUAUGAAUUUAUUGACUGUUAAAUUAACUAUGAUCUUUAUUGUAACUAUGAUGUUUAGUUAACUUUUGGUGAUAUAUUUUAUUGACUCAUUUUGUUUUGAUUUUGGUCAUUGUUUCUUGACCAUUAUGUACUAACUUUAUGAUGUUAUUUUAUAGCCUUUUCAUGCCCAUCUACUUAUGAACCUGACUCAUUUGUAUAGAUGU